AUGAGACACUCCGAUGGUAACACCGUGAGACAUUCCGAUGGUAGCACCAUGAGACACUCCGAUGGUAACACCAUGAGACAUUCCGAUGGUAACACCGUGAGACAUUCCGAUGGUAGCACCAUGAGACACUCCGAUGGUAACACCAUGACACACUCCGAUGGUAACACCGUGAGACAUUCCGAUGGUACAUUAUGUAGCACCAUGGGACACUCCGAUGGUAACACCACGAGACACUCCGAUGGUAACACCACGAGACACUCCGAUGGUAACACCAUGACACACUCCGAUGGUAACACCAUACAAUACUCCGAUGGUAACAUCAUGAGACAUUCCGAUGGUAACACCACGAGACACUCCGAUGGUAACACCAUGAGACACUCCGAUGGUAACACCAUGAGACACUCCGAUGGUAACACCAUACAAUACUCCGAUGGUAACAUCAUGAGACACUCCGAUGGUAACACCAUGAGACACUCCGACGGUAACACCAUGACGCACUCCGAUAGUAACACCAUGAGACACUCCGAUGGUAACACCAUACAAUACUCCGAUGGUAACAUCAUGAGACAUUCCGAUGGUAACACCACGAGACACUCCGAUGGUUACACCAUGAGACACUCCGAUGGUAACACCAUACAAUACUCCGAUGGUAACAUCAUGAGACACUCCGAUGGUAACACCAUGAGACACUCCGACGGUAACACCAUGACACACUCCGAUAGUAACACCAUGACACACUCCGAUGGUAGCACCAUACACUACUCCGAUGGUAACACCAUGAAACACUCCGAUGGUAGCACCAUGAGACACUCCGAUGGUAACACCAUGAGACACUCCGAUGGUAGCACCAUACAAUACUCCGAUGGUAACACCAUGAGACACUCCGAUGGUAACAUCAUGAAACACUCCGAUGGUAACACCAUGAGACACUCAGAUGGUAACACAAUGAGACACUCCGAUGGUAACACCACGACACACUCCGAUGGUAACACCAUACAAUACUCCGAUGUUAACACCAUGCAAUACUCCGAUGGUAACACCAUGAAACACUCCGAUGGUAAAACCAUGAAACACUCCGAUGGUAACAACAUGAAACACUCCGAUGAUAACACCAUGAAAAAAUCCGAUGGUAACACCAUGAAACACUCCAAUGGUAACACCAUGAGACACUCAGAUGGUAACACCAUACAAUACUCCGAUGGUAACACCAUACAAUACUCCGAUGGUAACACCAGGAAACACUCCGAUGGUAGCACCAUGAGACACUCCGAUGGUAAAACCAUGAAACACUCCGAUGGUAACACCAUGAAACACUCCGAUGGUAGCACCGUGAGACACUCCGAUGGUAACACCAUGACACAAUCCGAUGGUAACACCAUGAAACACUCCGAUGGUAACACCGUGAAACACUCAGAUGGUAACACCAUACAAUACUCCGAUGGUAACAACAUGAAACACUCCGAUGGUAACACCAUGAGACACUCCGAUGGUAACACCAUGAAACACUCCGAUGGUAGCACCAUGAGACACUCCGAUAGUAACACCAUGAGAGACUCCGAUGGUAGCACCAUACACUACUCCGAUGGUAACACCAUGAGACACUCCGAUGGUUACACCAUGAAACACUCCGAUGGUAACACCAUGAGACUCCGAUGGUAA